CUCUUAUUUUGUAACCUCUGGGACGACAGCCGACAUGAAAUCAGUCGCCAUCUUUGCUUCAACCUUUCAAUCGCCUCUUCGGAUUUGCGGGCGUUUCAUCGCCGUUUUUCAAUGUUUUGCUCAAAUAAUUCGUUAUUAAUCGCGUCAAAAGCCACGUAAAAAGUUUCCGGAGUGUCACGUAACAGUUUAGUGUUAAAAUGAGUUUCUUCGGAUUUGGACAAACUGCGGAUAUUGAAAUCGUUUUCGACGAUGCUGACAAACGGAAGGUUGCCGAAGUAAAAACGGAUGAUGGUAAAAAGGAGAAAUUACUGCUUUAUUACGAUGGGGAGACAGUGUCAGGUAGGGUAAAUGUCACUCUGCGGAAGCCGGGGUCGAAACUGGAGCAUCAAGGUAUCAAGGUCGAACUCAUAGGUCAGAUCGAAUUAUUCUACGACAGAGGAAAUCAUCAUGAGUUCAUAUCGUUGGUAAAAGAGCUCGCGCGACCAGGCGACUUAUUGCAACACACGUCAUAUCCAUUCGAGUUUGCGAACGUGGAAAAACCUUACGAAGUCUACACGGGAGCUAACGUGCGAUUGAGGUAUUUCCUGCGAGCUACGAUCGUCCGCCGUCUCACAGACAUCUUAAAAGAGGUGGAUAUCGCUGUACAUACACUAUGCAGCUACCCCGACGUCCUAAACUCCAUAAAAAUGGAAGUAGGCAUUGAAGACUGUCUGCACAUAGAGUUUGAGUAUAACAAAUCAAAGUAUCACCUGAAAGACGUAAUUGUUGGUAAAAUAUACUUCCUACUGGUACGUAUUAAAAUCAAACAUAUGGAAAUAUCCAUAAUCAAAAGGGAAACUACUGGUUCUGGGCCAAAUACAUUCACAGAAAAUGAAACUGUUGCAAAAUAUGAAAUAAUGGAUGGUGCCCCAGUGAGGGGAGAGAGUAUUCCAAUUAGAGUAUUCUUAGCUGGUUAUGACCUGACACCGACUAUGAGGGACAUCAAUAACAAGUUCUCUGUUCGGUAUUAUUUGAAUCUGGUUCUGAUGGACACAGAGGACCGGCGUUAUUUCAAGCAGCAAGAGGUAACUUUGUGGAGGAAGAGUGACAAAUCACGAUUACCACUACACAACCCACAUGUCCCUCAGACAUUGACUCAUAACCCUCCAAGAUUGCAUAGUGCCUCCAGUGAAGAAAAUUCAGCCAGAGGAAUUUCUCCAUCAAUUCCUGAGAGUUCAAUGGCACGGUCAAUUUCACCGUCUAUGGCUGAUGGAGAUAAACAUAACGGGCCUACAGAGAUGGAGCAAGAAAAGCCUGAAGUUGUGACUAACAAACUAUCUAAUACGCACAUAACAAAUAACGAAGAGGAAUCUGAUGAACCAGCUGAAACACCAACGACAACUGAGAAACCUUUAAUUGCUGAAAAACCACAAAUUGCAGAGAAACCUCAAAUUGCAGAGAAACCUGUACUGACCCGACCGGAAAGUGUUGAAGCGGCGCCAAGUCAAUAGCCAAUAUGCACCUGUGCGGUUGACAUUACUGUCGCCGAUGAAAUGAACUGUAUGUUUUCAUACCUGAAAACAAUUGUUUAGAUGGCAGAUACCUACUGUAUUUCCAUGAAAACCCAAUAAUAAAAGUUGUUAACAUUGCCCUUAUAACCUUACUAUUAUCGUCAUCUAAAUGAAGUUGAUUUAUGUAAAGAAUGCAAAUACGAAAUUCCACAUGACUUAACUCUUGACUGUCAACAAUAAAGAAUAAUGUUAAUGUUAGAACUUGAACCCUGUGGUUACAUCAAUCUCUAUUUCCUAUUGCAUUCUCAUCAGGAAUUAACAAUAGUAAGUUUAUUUGGGCAUUAAAUGUAAGUGUACAUUGCUACUUGCUCUAAAUAUAGGUAAGUGUUAAUAUAGCCUUUAUUACUGUUGAUGGAAGUUCAUUCUUUAACAGCUUUAAGAUAAUUUAGUGUUGGGUUGAAGAAAGAAUGAGCUUAUAUUGUCACCAGGUAAGUUUUUGUAUGACUCAUACCAGACAGAUUGUAUUUGAUAGAUAGAAGAACCCUUUAACAUACAAGCUGUUAUCCACCCCCUUUAAUGGUAUUUGUAGAAAUUAUUAUGCGAAUAAGCAUGUUGAAAGACAUUUAUUGCUACAGAAUUACUGCAAAAGUCACAACAUUAUGUAGAAUGCAAAUUUAUUGUCCCAGAUAGAAAUUAUUUAUUCUAAAAUUUUCAUCAUUAUGUUGAUGAUCUGCUUUCUUUUUUAAAGUAGUCCAUUAUUUACGUUCCCUUCAACAUAAAGUUUUGUUUAUAAAUUGCAAUUCGAAAAUGUCAACAUUUUGUUAUCUGAGCAUAAGCCCAGUUGAUAACAGCUUUGUUUAUUCAUUAAUAGUUAUCUAAAACUACAUUAAUUAAACCAGCCUGUGCUUUUAAAAUAAUGUUCAACUUCAUUAGUUAUUUUUUAAAUUAUUAGUUACUUAAAAUUUUUUCCUUUAUUUAUCAUUGUGGGUUUUAUACUAUAUUGAAAGGGUACCAAUGUAAUUAUAUACGCGAAGUAUUGAAUUAAAACGUAACUAUCAUUUCUAAAACAUUUACAUAGUGCA